AUGGCCUCCACGGUACCUACAGAAUAUGAAGAUAAGCAGCAUCGUCAACAGUCAUUAGAUGCUGACAUCGCCAGGCUCGGUGGACCAUCAGACUUCACAGUGCCGGCGAUACACGUGGAUCUCACCCCUGACCUAUCGGGAUCGAGUGACGUGGUCAAAGAUGAUGGCCUGCUACUUCUCGAGAGGAUGAAAAAACGUCAAGGCGAUCAACUUCACCACGGCAUCCUGUCUGGGACUGACAUGCUUCCGACCAACGCUUCUGUUGACCGGAGACUCCGUCAUGCACUGGAGCCUUGUCGUGGCGACGAGGACACAUACUUCAUGCCUAUCGAUGGCCUGGACACAAUCAUAUGCCACGAGACGGUACAAUUGUACCUCUCGUCUAUGGACCAGCCAAGAAUCUCCAGUCAACUCCAAGAACUCACUACCUACAUCUGUGGGAAUCGUGAUGGAUCAGAGGAGCUCCAUACAGGGAAACGACUCUUUGCGUCUUUGAUCCUCGCCAACAAGGCCGAUGCCGUUGCCAUGCUACAUGACGAAGGUAUACACGACGAAGACCUUCCGCUUGCCAAAACCUGCGAAGUCGGAUCCACGUUCAAGCUCAAGAAGAAGAACACUGAUGAUCCCGUCCUUGGAUGCUUCAGUGGAUGGGAGGACAGAGAUAUCGAGCAGUUUGACAAAUACCAGCGGCAGAUGAAGCCUCCGUUCUUUGCUCAAGACGAUAAUUCGCGGCCAUUGCACUACGAAUUGAGUGAUCGCAGCCGUCUCCCCUGGACAAGCUAUGGAGAGAAGAUACAUUCAUCAAAUAAUUCUGAAGUCAGGCGCGUGGGGAUACAUCCUGCACAGCAUCGCCUUCAGCCAAAGGAGAAGGGAAGCAAUCUGUUCGCACUGAAGACUCUCAAAUCCGAGAAGAAACGUGAAGAAUUCAAUUUGGAGGUAAAAGCCUUGAAAAAGAUCAGGCCAAAUCCCCAUCUUGUUACAUUGCUUGCAACCUUUCACUUCAAGGGGGAGUAUCACCUCCUUUUUCCCUGGGCAGAAGGGGGAAAUUUGCAAGAAUUGUGGGAAAAACAUGAUCCACAGCCUUCUAUUGACAUGGGUUGGAUGACUUGGUUGGCGGAACAAUGCUACGGCCUUGCUGAGGGCUUGAGUCACAUCCAUGACGCGUCCAUGCACAAGUCAGAACUGGCAGUGCCAUCUGACUUCACAAAGUCCAGCCCCGGGGAAAAGAACGACGACAAAGACUAUGGUCGUCAUGGGGAUAUCAAGCCGCAGAAUAUUCUCUGGUUCAAACAAGAGAACAAUAUGCAUGGACACGGAGUUCUGAAAAUCUCAGAUUUCGGAGUGACGAUGUUUCACAGUGAACUCACAACAAAGGUUCUCCCUGAAAGGGUCAGAGGUAUUACCCAGAGCUACGCGGCUCCAGAGUACGAAUUGGGAACACAAGUUUCGAGGCCCUACGAUAUCUGGUCCCUUGGCUGUAUCUUCAUGGAGUUUAUCACUUGGGCUCUUUUGGGUUCCGAGGGUGUAGAAAGAUUCAGGAGCAAUCGCAAGGCAGACCGAGAUUCCAGGGGCAACUUCACGCUCGACAAUUUCUAUGGCACAUACAAGGAUGGAUUCAAGAUUCUCAAGCCGCUCCGGAAGGAGCGUGUGCUGUGGAUUGACCAUCUGUUGGCGCAGCCUAGUCACAGCCGAUAUUCCUCAGAAUUCCUGGAGUAUAUCAAGGGUCACAUGAUUCAGGUCAUCGCAUCAGACCGCCAUAAAUGCGGCGAGGUCAAGGACAAGCUUCACUUAAUGCUGCAGACUUGCACACAAUCCCCGGAAUACUGCUUCAGAGAUCCGCACAUCAACUGA